CCCGGUGGCCAAUCAAUGAGAGCAAGCGGAGCAGGGCGCCCUAUCAGAGCUGGGGAGGGGCGGGACAAGCGGCCGCCGCGCUCCACCCCGAGAGUGGCGGGGGAUGCGGCGCCCGAGCGCCCAGCGCCCCGGGUAGGUGCCGGCGGCCGCUUGGGAGAGCCGGCGCAAGCGGGUUCGCGCAGCCGCCAGCCUCGAUUUGGAGCGCCAGCUCGGCCGGUCGGAGGCGGGGGAGGGGGCCUGAGAGAGGGGCGGGCGCGCGCGGAGCCAAUCGGCGGCGGGGGUGGGCUCGGGCGCCGCGGGCGCACUGACGGCCGGUGGACCGAGCCUCAAGCGGACGGCGAGCCGGGGACCGUUGCUGAGCGGCGGCGAUGGCGACCGCGAUGUCAGCGACGGCGGCGGAGCGAGCGGUGCUGGAGGAGGAGUUCCGCUGGCUGCUGCACGACGAGGUGCACGCAGUGCUCAGGCAGCUGCAGGACAUCCUCAAGGAGGCCUCGCUCCGCUUCACUCUGCCAUGCUCUGGUACAGGCACCGAGGGGCCUGCCAAGCAGGAGAACUUCAUCCUUGGCAGCUGUAGACCAGGUGAAGGGCGUGCUGACUCUGCAAGGGGACGCGCUGAGCCAGGCGGACGUGAACCUGAAGAUACCCCGGAACAACCAGCUGCUGCACUUCGCCUUCCGAGAGGACAAGCAGUGGAAGCUGCAGCAGAUCCAGGAUGCCAGGAACCACGUAAGCCAGGCCAUUUACCUCCUUGCCAACCGGGAUGAAAACUACCAGUUCAGGACAGGAGCAGAGGUCCUCAAGCUGAUGGACGCUGUGAUGCUGCAACUGACCAGAGCCCGCAACCGGCUCACCACCCCGGCCACCCUUACUCUGCCUGAGAUCGCUGCCAGUGGCCUCACGCGGAUGUUUGCCCCUGCCCUGCCCUCCGACUUGCUUGUCAACGUCUACAUCAACCUCAACAAACUCUGCCUCACCGUGUACCAGCUGCAUGCCCUGCAGCCCAAUUCCACCAAGAACUUCCGCCCAGCUGGAGGCGCUGUGCUCCACAGCCCUGGGGCCAUGUUUGAGUGGGGCUCCCAGCGCCUGGAGGUGAGCCACGUGCACAAGGUGGAGUGUGUGAUCCCAUGGCUCAACGACGCCCUCGUCUUCUUCACUGUGUCCCUGCAGCUCUGCCAGCAGCUCAAGGAUAAGAUCUCCGUGUUCUCCAGCUACUGGAGCUACAGGCCUUUCUGAGCAGAGCACCCGAGAGCCUGACCCCCAGGGAAAUGGCCCUUGUCCCCCUCACCCAUCCCCCCAAGAAUGCUGGCCAGAGCCAGAACCGGGCAGCCUGGGCUAUUAUUUAUUUCCCUCUUCUCCCCAUCCUGCCCAUCACAUUUGCACAGAUGGAAAUGAACACUGGAACCACUGAGAGACAGGGAUGCUGACUUGCUUUUCAUUUUGUAGGGGGUGGUCAGGAAGGUGGGGCGGGGGGGUCAGGAAGGCAGAGCCCAGAGGUGGCCCACAUUCCAAACCCUGCCCUCCCUGCACAGUGGGAACCUUUGGACUCAGGGUGGCGCCAGGCCCAGGGCUCUCCUUCGCCCUCCUUUUUCUGCCUUCUGAGCUGCCCAGGAUGGUACGUGCAGCGGCACGCCCCCCCUCCAGUGGAGGGUGAGGAGUGGAUGGUGGCCCUAAGCUGUGAGUCAGGAGGGCAGACAGAAGCCAUCCACCGCCAGCUGUGGUGCCCUUGAAUGUGCUUGCUCCAUAUCCCUGACAAGGCCUCCAGGAAAUAAAGAUCAUCUGACUUUACCUGGAGCGUCUGUCUGUCUGUCUGUCUGAGUGAAGACCAGGCUGGGGAUCCCAAAUAGUCAGGACCUGGGGGGGGUACCCAAUGAUGGAGCCCCUGGCCUCCCUGUCCCACCUUUGAGGGGGUCCUCAAGCCGCUAGGGGACUGAGUGGGCUGGGGACAAGGUUUCGGCCUGAGGGUUGGGCCCCUGAGCUGGAGCCCAGCUUCGCCUCCUGUGAGGGAGCAGGUGGGCAUCCGGAGAAAGCAGUGAGCGCCCACACUGCCCACCCCUGACGGGAAGCUCGGAACACACUCCAGACUCAGGCUCUGGGCAAACAAGGCUUUGUUACUGU